AUGAGAUUUCCUGAUGCAGUUGAAUAUAUUCACAUUAGUGACCAAUAUACCGGUAUGAAAGGUCAAAAUGGUGAUCAACAAUCAUCAUCAGCACCUCAAACAAAUACCGGUACUGCAGCACAACAGCAAGAUGCACUUAAUACAAGUGAACGUUCUAUUCGUCGUGUAUUAAUUAUUGCUUUUAAUUUAAUGCCACAUAAUGGUCGUUCACUUCAAGUAACAUGUGAAAGUUUAAGUAGUGAUUAUUUACGAUUUGUAUUGCAUGUAAUUGAUCGUGUUGGUUCAUUUCGUUUAACAUCAAAAGAAUCAAAAAUGAAAGCAAUUAAAAAUCGUCAACGUAUUGAAGAACAAUUUUUAAAAGGUGUUAAUCUACAACGACAAGAACAAGCACAACAACGACGUGAAGAGCAACGUCGUGUUGAAAAAGAAAAAAUCAUGCAAUCAGAUGAUCCUGAAUUACAACGUAAAUGGGAAGAAAAAGAACAUAAACGUGAAAUGAAACGACGACAACCAAAAAUGAAACAAAUGAAAAUGUCAUUUUUAACUGGUACUCAUCGAUUUCUUGAUCCAAAAUGUAAUGAGAUAUUAGAUCAGUUUUAUGAAUGUAUUGAAAAGAAAAGUCGAGCUAUAGGAGCUUGUGAUGGUUUAUUGGCUCAAUUGUAUCGAUGUAAAAAAGAAGAUCUUGAAGCUCAUCGACAAUUGAAUAAAACUGAAACUGAACGGAAAAAACGUGAACGAACAAUAGCACGUGAUCCAAUUAUCCAAAAGAAACUUGAAAUUUUUAAAAGAUUACAAGAUAAACAAAAAGCCGAAUCAACAACUUCAUCAUCAUAG